AACAGCCACAGUUCUGACACAUUCACCGCCGCAGUACCUAGUGGAACCCCGCUACAAGGACAUCCUGAAAUAAGGAGACUUCUCUACCUUUUAUUUACUUUGUGCAGGGAUGUCGGCAGCGGCUACAGUGGGGCAGGCUCCAGGAGCGGCUCAGCAGGACAUGUAUGACGAGGGCGUGGAGGAGCGGAUAGUGAACGAAGAGUACAAGAUAUGGAAGAAGAACACGCCGUUUCUCUACGACCUCGUCAUGACACAUGCCCUGGAGUGGCCGAGUCUGACAGCCCAGUGGCUCCCUGAAGUCACCAGACCCGAGGGGAAGGACUACUCCGUUCAUCGCCUCCUCCUUGGGACACACACAUCAGACGAGCAGAACCAUUUGGUGAUUGCUAGUGUCAAGUUACCAAACGACGACGCUCAAGUGGAUGCCACUCGCUACGACAGCGACCGUGCGGAAUACGGUGGGUUUGGAUCCGUGAGUGGAAAAAUUGAAAUCGACAUCAAGAUAAACCACGACGGAGAGGUGAACCGUGCCCGCUACAUGCCACAGAAUCCAUUCAUCAUCGGAACAAAGACUCCCUCGGCCGACGUCCUCGUCUUUGACUACUCCAAACACCCGUCAAGACCUGACAAUGUAGGGGAGGUGAAGCCAGAGCUGCGACUGAAGGGACACACAAAGGAGGGGUACGGCCUGUCGUGGAGCACCUCUCUCAAAGGUCACCUUCUGAGUGCUUCUGACGAUCACACUGUCUGUCUUUGGGACAUCACAACUGCCUCUAAGGAGCAGAACACGCUGGAUGCAAAGUCCGUCUACACCGGGCAUACUGCUGUUGUUGAGGACGUGGCAUGGCACCUCUUGCACGACAGUCUUUUUGGGUCAGUCAGUGACGACCAGAAACUAAUGAUUUGGGAUAUUCGUGCCACGGGCACAAAGAAGGCCUCACAUGUCGUGGAUGCCCACCAAGCAGAGGUGAACUGCCUGGCUUUCAAUCCGUACAGUGAGUAUAUCUUAGCCACCGGAUCCGCUGACAAGACUGUAGCACUGUGGGACCUGCGAAGUCUUAAGAUGAAACUCCACUCUUUUGAAUCACACAAAGACGAGAUUUUCCAGGUCCAGUGGUCGCCCCACAACGAGACUAUUCUAGCUUCCAGCGGCACCGAUCGUCGUCUCCACAUCUGGGACCUCAGCAAGAUUGGAGACGAACAGUCACCCGAGGACGCCGAAGACGGACCUCCCGAGCUGCUGUUCAUCCACGGAGGUCACACGGCAAAGAUAUCGGACUUCACUUGGAACCCAAACGAGGCGUGGGUGGUGUGCAGUGUUUCGGAAGACAAUAUUUUGCAAGUUUGGCAAAUGGCUGAGAACAUAUACAAUGAAGAGGAUCCGGACACACCAGCUGAUCAGUUAGAGGCACCUCCUCCUGCAGCUGCUACAGCGACAUAAUACCCCGCCUUUUUCCAUGGAAACCGACCCACACCCACAAUUCCACACAACUCGUGCUGAUUACAAACUCGCAUUAACCCUUCCAUUCGAAACACUAUUAUUCACUCUUGCAAAACACUCAUUUGUUGCCUAAAAAUGCAUAGGUUGAAUAUUAUUUUAAUUAUAUGCUUGUACACAAUGGAGUGACUCGUGCCCCAACAAAAACAACAACAACAGUUUCAAUACAAACAAUCUGACAAAACACUGAAAAUGAUUCUGCCGAUACAGUGCCAAACACUGAAACUGUUCAUACGACUGUUUCAACCUCCAGCAUUUUCUCGAGGUCUUUCACGCGGGUUUCGAGACGGUAGAGUUUCUCCGUUGCCUGAGACCGGUAGCGGUUCUCGAUCUCGGCCAUCUGAGCCUCGUACUGCCUCUCGACGGCUGCUAUCUUGGCCUCCGAGACCUGCAAGGUCACAGGAGCAUUAGCUUUUAAAGAUCAGAAAAUACAACAGGAGCGUUAGCAUAAUUGCUAAUAGGGCCCAAUUUAUUUUUCUUGUCGGGGUGGCAUACACCGAUUGU